AAUGCCUGAGUGGAAAGGGAGACUGCCUGCUGUAAAAUGGCGACGCCGAGCAGGCAGGAUGAAGGGCAGCUAGGCCCGUUGCUGGACGGCUAACCCCAACACACACGUUGUGUUGGAAGGAGCCUAGUCUGAUGUGUUUACUUUGUUAUAUCCAGACGUUUCAUUUAUGUUCAAACGGCUCAACAACACCGAAACUAUACUCGUUUUAACGGGAGUUAAUCGUUUCUGUUUCGUAGGCUGGAAGCUGACAACAGUGCAAGUCAGCCCGCUUGUAGCUAGCUGUAGUAGCCCACUAAUGUUACUUCAUGUGACACCAGCCCUACCAGCCUUUUAAAAACUCUGCUUCUCAGUAUGGCUGAUGUUAUGUCAAUUAUUCAGUCAUGUUCUACUACCACCACCCAAUAUCUAUAACUGUUACUGUUGACGAGCCUCAGUGUAAGCACUUAGUACAGCUACAUACAUAAGAAGCUUAAUCUUUGGUCAAGAGCAAACCUUACUUGUUCAAUUAUGGAUUCUGAGGAGAAUGAGGUAGAGAGCAGCAGCGAUGCAGGUCCCUCGGGGAUGGAGGAGCCAUCGGAAAGUGGCAUGGGUGUGGAGUCUUCUGAGGCCAUGUCUGCAGACAGCAGUGAUGCUGCCGCCUCUCAUACACACACCCCUGAAUCUGACUGCCAUGUGGGACAGAGCUCAGAAGGACUUGUGGUGUUCAUCCCAGAGACCAGCUCCAGCACAGAUGUCCGAGUUUCAUCUGUCCACCUCCCAGACUCCUCCUCUGUGGCCCAGUCCACCAGUGUGUCCAGUGUCUCCACAGUGACUCAGUCAGUGCUGGUGUCUGAGUCAGCCCAAGUUUUGGUCCACUCCAGUGCUGUGUCUGAGGGAGGCAUGAUGGUUUCUGACUCAACCGCUUCUACCUCGUCCGAUCUGGGUUCUGCCAUUGACAAGAUCAUAGAGUCGACCAUCGGUCCUGACAUCAUGAAUGGCUGCAUAGCUGUGACCAGUGCAGAGGAUGGAGGGGCCCAGUAUCUGAUAUUACAAGGACCAGAUGACGGUGCUCCUAUGGUAGCUCAGAUGUCAUCUUCAGCCCUAUCUGAUCGUAUAGCCAUAGAGGCUCUUGCAGAAGGCCCCACAUCCACAUGUCUGGACCAGGGAGACCUUCAGGGUAACCUUGAGCCUGACGAUCGGCCUGGUCCCUCUGGGUACCCAGAGGACAGCAGCAGUCACCCCGACCAGCCUCAACACUCUCACCCCUCACAGUACUUGGACUGCAGUGCAGAUGGUCCAGACCAAACAGGAGAAUCCUCAUCUUCCUAUGUGGAGUGUUCUAGUGAGGAACCCGACCAGACUCGCUCAAGGUCAGGUUUCCCAGACUACAGCGGUGACAACAGUGACCAGGACCUGCCUGGGUAUGUGGAAUGCAGUGGGGCGGACUCAAACCCUAUGAGCCGGGGACACUAUGUGGUGGAGUGCAGUGCUGGCUAUCUAGAGUGUGCAGUGGAUGAUGGAGAGCAACCGCAUCAUUCCCGCAGUUACAUUGACAGCAGUGCAGACCACAGGACUCAGACAAGUCGGCAAUAUGGGGCUGAAUAUGGGGGGGAAUGUGUUGCAGCUGCAGAUUCUGAGCAACCAGGUUGUUCUCAAUAUCGAGCAAGAGACGAUGAUGAGGACGAUGACGAGCAGAACCAGGAUCCGGAUCAGCCACAGCACUCACAACAGCAGCCCCAGCACUCGUGUUACAUGGAAAGCAGCAAUGGCCCUGAAGCCUCUCUCUAUAAUGAUGACAGUUCCUCUUCAGACCUCCCUCUGGCAGACACAGCAGGUUCAGGUGGGCUUCCUGAAGCACUGGAGUGCAGCGAGAGCCAGCCUGGGCCCUUCAUCAGCAGCAGUGGGACUUACACCUCAAAUCCAGAACCUGAGCUGGCCCAACAGUGCUCACCAAGCCAAGAGGAACCUCAAGGCUCUCAGGGGCCACAAGAUGAAGCUGGGAUGGUCAGUGAAAUGGAGACGUCAAUGGUGGAGGCAGGUUCAGGAGACAGAGCACCAAACCUGGCCGAGUUGGAAGAGAUGAUGGAAGUUGUGAUUGUGCAUCAGUUCAAGUGUAAAAUGUGUCCCUACAAGAGUGCUUCCAAAGACACACUUAUUAACCACAUGAGAGACAAACACUUUAAACCUGCAGGGGAAAUGCUAAAGAAGCGCAAACGAGGGCGACCUCCUAAAAGUGAGACGUUGGCCCGUCGCAAUGCAGAGAAGAAGGAAGCUGAAGAGAAGAGGGUAGCAAAGGUGAAGACUGCAGCGUCUCAACAGGCAGAAGAAGAGGAUGAUGAUAUUGUGGAUGCCGGUGCUAUUGAUGAUGCUGAAGAGGAUAGUGAUUACAACCCAGCAGAUGAGGAUAGCAAUGGAAGACCACCUGUCAUUCUGAAGAAACCUACUCCUCCAAUCUCUUCCUCAACUCAAGGGCGUCCUCGACGUAAGGUUGGUCGUCCCAGGAAAUACAGUCUUUUAGAGGAAGGCUACAACAAAAAAGAGGCAGAAAGUAUCAAUAAGAAGCCAAGGAUAAGCACAGAUGCUAGUGCACCUGCUGAGGCAACUUCUUCCGGGUUAAACAAUGGUCCUGUCAUGGAAACUGAUGGAGACACAGCUGAAGCAGCAAUAAGCCAAUCAGACUCUGAGAACAAAGACCCUUCAUCCAACUCACAGCCAGAAGAGGAGUUCUUCCCGAGGAAACGCGGCCGACCUUCCAAGCGUUUUCUUCGCAAGAAAUAUAAGAAGUAUAUAAAUCGAAAUCGGUACUAUAAAUCCCUCAAACCACUCCAGAGACCUCACAACUGCUGGAUCUGCGGCUCGCGCUUCCUCACUCAGGAAGAUUUGCGCUUCCAUGUGGACUCUCAUGAAGGCAAUGACCCCGAACUCUUCAAGUGCCUCCAGUGCAACUAUCGCUGCAAGCGCUGGUCAUCACUUAAGGAACACAUGUUCAAUCAUGAAGGUACAAAGCCGUUCAAGUGUGAGGAGUGUGACUACACAAGUGUUUACAAGAAAGAUGUGCUCCGCCACUCAGCUAUCCACAACAAAGACAAGAAAAAAAAGACAGAGACGGUACCAAAGGUUUCAGAGUUCCUCUGCCCUGUGUGUCACAGGGUUUAUCCCAUGCAAAAGAGACUGACCCAGCACAUGAAGACUCACAGCUCAGAGAAGCCACACAUGUGUGACAAGUGUGGCAAAUCCUUCAAGAAACGGUACACAUUCAAGAUGCACCUACUAACCCACAUCCAGAGUCUUGGAGACAGCAAGUUCAAGUGUGAAUUUUGUGACUACACUUGCGACAACAAGAAGCUGCUGUUAAACCAUCAGCUGUCACACACCAACGACCGUCCCUUCAAGUGUGACUACUGUAAAUACUCCACUUCCAAAGAGGAAUUCCUGGUUUCACACCUGGCCAUCAAACAUACAGGAGAGAAGCCUUUCUCUUGUGAGAUGUGUCACUUCACAACCAAGCAUAGGAAGAAUUUGCGCCUUCACGUACAGUGUCGUCAUCCUGAGGCGUUUGAAGAGUGGUCGGUGUCUCAUCCCGAGGAGCCCAUCAGGAGGCGACGCAGACCUUUUUUCACGCUACAGCAAAUUGAGGAGCUCAAACAACAACAGCAUGAUGACACACAGGGCCUGCAGAACACCAUUGUUGCAGUGGAUUCUGCAACACUACAAGCCAUGCAGGGUAUAGAAAAUGCAUCAGUGUCUCAGGAUGAAUUGGGAAAUACCACCAUCAUAUACGAACAAGCUGAAUCCAGUGAUAUGUCUGCUCAGAAUGCUCUCGACCUGCUGCUGAAUAUGAGCAAUGCGCGGGAGUUGGUUGGAAACGGCCUACAGGUGGCAGUGCUGAAGUCUGAAGGCAAAGCUUUGGAAAAAGGCAUGUGGAGCACAGUGACCACAGCAGCAGGCCAGACCCAAAAGGUGGUGACCUUCCAUGUGUCGGAGAACGGAGAGACGGUGUUGCAAGAGGCCUAUGAGGCGGCCACCUCUGAAGCAGGAGAGCUCACCCAGAUCGCCAUUGAAGCCUAUGAGAGUGGAGGAGAGUUCAGUGUUGUUGAACAGGCUGCCGAAGGGAAUCAGAGCCCUGAAUACAGUAAUGUUGAGAGCAGUCCGUCUCAGACUGCUGAAGUAUCGGGAUCAGAGGGCCUGAAAAGUGACAAGUUCUACCUUUCUUCCGCCCUGCCUGAUGGUGUUCUACAACAGGUUGAGCUGAGCAGUGAAGCUCCAUCCUCUCCCUCUACUGUGAGCUCUCCCAGUCUUAGCACCAAGAGGUUUUCCUGCAGAAUAUGCAUGGAGUCCUUCCACGGGCGCUCGGAUAUGGAGAACCACAAGAGGGCACACUUGGAUCCUAGCACUUUUAAGUGUCCUGAUUGUGACUUUACAUCAAAUUCCUGGCUUGAGGUUAAGACUCACAUGGAGCUGCACUCCUAUCUCCGCCCUCACAAGUGUCCGAACUGUAGCUUUGCCUCCAAGAACAAGAAAGACCUGCGCAGGCACAUGAUGACACACACCAAUGAGAAACCAUUUUCUUGCCACCUUUGUGGACAAAGGUUUAACCGUAACGGCCAUCUGAAGUUUCACAUGGAGCGUCUCCACAAUCAUGAUCAUCCUGCUCGUAAGAGCCGGAACCCCUCAACGCAGCAGACCAUCAUAGUCAACAGUGAUGAGGAGGCGCUGGCCACACUACAAUCCCUGCAGGGACAUCAGACAGUGAUCACUCCAGAGCGGUUGCAGGCCCUGGGUCAGGAGCACAUCAUUGUUGCUCAAGAACAGGCUCUAUCAGACCAGGAGGAUGGCGCAUACAUCCAGCAGAUAACUACCAUAGAUGGACAAACAGUUCAGCAACUAAUGACAGGAGAAAACCAGGUGACUGAGGUUCAGUAUAUCAUCUCACAGGAUGGAGUGCAGCACUUAAUCCCUCAGGAAUAUGUGGUUGUAUCUGAUGGAAACCACAUACAGAUGCCUGAUGGACAUAUCAUCCAGUACGAGGGUGAUGGAACCUUUCUGCAGGAGCAACAGAUUGCUGUAAGUCAUGAUGGUCAGAUCCAGUAUCUACCUGUGAGCUCUGAGCAACAAGUGGUGAAUGCUGAGGACCUGGAGGCUGCUGCACACUCUGCUGUCACAGCCGUGGCAGAUGCAGCCAUGUCCCAGACCCAGACGGUCUACACUGAAGCUACACCUGAACAACUGGAGCAGCUGCAGCAGCAAGGCAUCCACUAUGAUGUCAUUACCUUCACAGAGGAAUAGACCACUUUCUGAACAUACCAACUCAAACCACUAUGAGCUGACAAGUACAAUGACCUCAACUUAUUUAUGCAUUCAGCUGAACAAAAACUUUCUCUACUCCACAAUUUCACCUGCUUGGGCAGCUGUUGCACUGUUCACUGAAAUCAACGGCGUUUUGUAAAUUCAAAAGAUUGCACCCAUCGCUUCUAACUUAAUCAUAGGGGCUGUGCACUCGAGUCAGUUUAAGUAAGGUCGGUUUCUUGCAUUAUCGUUGACAAUUGUUCAUGUUUACGUGCCUCAACUGCUUCCAUUUAAAUAACAUAACGAAAUCAAAUUAAAUUUAAAGGCUUAUAUCAUGUUACAGGAACUAUACCAAGUGUCCAAAGGAACAUUUGUGUUUAUGAACAGGUGAAAUGAAAAAGCAGUGUUUAUUUCUGAUCUGAGAACAUAUGUUUAGUAUAUGAAUGCCACAUCAUUGUUUUUACUUAAUAUUCAUUGGUAUUUACAUAUCUUUUGAUUUUUCCUUUGCUCCAUGAUGGAGAAUAUGUGUUGAUUUGGUGAAUAGAAAAUGUUUAAUAAGCUGAAAGCUGACACCAAAUAAAUCACUUUGUGUA